CUGAGGUUUGUCUAAAACUUUGUUUAUCCUCCCUGCCCCAUGUGACCGGCCGCGUGGGCAUCUCUCGAGCUCGGAAGCCCUCCGCAAAUCACACCCACACUCGCUCUGCGCAGCCUAUUUUCUUCCCUGGGAAAAAAAAAAAAAUUCUGGGCUUUUACGGAGCUCUCUCAAAAAAAGCUAGAAAAAAAGCCAUGGCGCCUGAGCCUGAGAACGAGCUUCCGAAGCUAAAGUUGCCAUCUUGCCGCGGUUUCAGCGUCUGGGUCUCCUGCAUUUUGGAGAAUUAGUCCUAAAAAUCUAUGCUUUUUUUUUGGGGGGGUAAAAAGAUUGAGUCUUGAUUGCUGCUUCUGGGGAAAAGGAAGAUGAGAGCUUUGAGCAGCUUGAGCAUCGGGUUGACCCUAAUCUCCGGUUUCCUCCUCCUGGCUCUAGUCGCAGAGGUCUACUACUUGCUGUGGUGGAAGAAGAAGAGAACGCCCAGCCGAGAAAUCGCGGGGAACGAUUGCAAGAACCGUGAGGAGACCCUGGAUCCGCCCGCCGACGACCAAGACAAUGACCUCUUGAUGCUAUUCGGGCCACCGAGGUCCCUCUUCACCAUCAAAGAGGAGACCAACGACGACCUGGAGUCGGAGAGCAGAAAGAGCUCGAAGAGGAGGAGCUUGAGCGCCCAGAUCUUGACCCCUCUCUCUUCCCCUCCCCUCUUCUCCACCCCUCCGCUUUCCCCUUCGGAUCGCGGGCGCCCUCUGUUUGGACCCAGAACGGCUUCCCCUCCUCCAAAGUUCAGGUUUUUGAGGGACGCGGAGGAGAAACUGCACAGGAGGACGAUGAGGGAGGAGGCGAUGAGGGAGGAGGAAGAUGGGUCUUUUAUCACGAUUUUGGUCGGGAAAAACAAUUCAAGCUCUUCGCAGGUAAACCCCUUGCCUUCUCCUUCUGCUGAUAAAUCAUCAGGACGUGGGAAGCUGAUCUCGUACUUGAGCUCUAGUGAAUCGUAGAUGAGCAAAGAAAAAAAGAAAAGGCUUUGUAUUGUUGUGAUUUUUUAUUUUCGCCUCAAGUGUAUAUGGACCAAUAUGAGGUUAUUGCACUCGAACUGAUUAUGUAUUUAAGAGGGUUUAUAUUAAGGGUGUAUGUUUAGAUUAAGACUGCUGAAAAAGACUUGAUAAAAGAUUUUUUUUUUCUUC